GAAAGAUCGAGCCUUUGCCGAGAGAAUGAUAUCAGCCACGGACAUAUUCCUCAUUCCUCGAAAGGCAACGUUCCAAUGAAACACCAAUUUGUAUCAAUGACGAGCACAUUUUUCCUUUUCUUCCCGCGUUGUAAAUCCCAGAAAAGGAUGUAACGCACGUUUGUUCUUCCACGGACCGAUAGAACAAAGAGGGGCACACGAGGAACGAAUCGGUUUCAGGCGGCAUGACAGUGGCUCGUCAGUGCCUAAUCGAAGCAAGAAGCGAAAGAAACGAUCGAGCUGGUACACCUGGUAAUACGUGUCCGAUCAUUAAGCAGUGAAUGAAGAGGCGGUGACUAAUCUAUAUCUCGAGAUAUGAAAUAAUCAGCGAACGAUCGCAACUAGUGUUAAUUCUUCCACAUCGUAUAUCGCGUACCGGGGCCGAUCAUAUUGCUGACAGUUCGUGCAUCGAACUCAGCGAUCGCAUAUGUGGGAGCAUAAUUGGAACCGAACGAGAUGAAUCCUGGUGAUAAGAAGAGGGAAGAGAUCGAUGGUGGUUGGGCAUGGUUCGUUUGUCUCGGCAGUAGUCUCGUCACGCUCUCUUUAAGAUCUUUGGAUCCCUCGUUUGGUCUCCUUUUCCACGAUCCCUUUGAGGAAUUCGACAUUGACUCCACAGAAGCGUCAUUCAUAAUGAGCAUUCUCGAUGCUAUCGUUAAUUUUUCAGGUCUUUUAGUAGGGCCGUUGUUGAAAAAGUAUUCUUAUCGACAAGUGGCUUUUUUUGGAUCGCUUUUGAGUUGUACCGGACUGAUAUUGACGUCGAGAGCUAACAGCAUACUCCACAUUGUUUGCACUUACAGUAUUUUAGGAGGUUUAGGAACUGGACUAGCCAUCGCCUCGUCGUUCGUGGCGUUGAACACAUUUUUCGACAAGAAGAGAGGGCAAGCCGUCGGUUUCUCUAUGGCAGGGACUACUCUGGCCAUGAUGAUAGUACCUCAAUUAAUACAUCUACUUCUGAGUUCGUACGGAUUUCGUGGAACGAUGCUGAUCGUUGGAGGAUGGGCGUUGCAUUCCGUUGUUGGAGCUUGUUUGUUACGUCCACUUGAGCAUGAAAUUAAAAGUACGAAAGCUGACGUGAAGCGGCAUGUGAAUAACACAUCCGGAAAUGACACGUUACUAGAAGUAAAAAGCAACGGAGUGGUAAAAAGAGCAGGAUGUGAUAGAAGCGACUCCGAGAACAAUAUGACUUGCUUAAAGACGGCGUCUAUCUAAACAUCGUUAUUGGCUUGAGUUUAUAUUACGUCACUGAAUCAAACUUCAAGCUGAUGACACCAUUCUUCCUCGCUAGUAUAGGAAUGAGCAAAGCGGAAGUUGCCUCUUGUUUGUCGAUAACUGCGUUCACCGACAUCCUUGCCCGUCUUCUACUACCAACUAUUUUCGACAGAUUCGGAUUCAGAAAGAGAAUCGUCUUUUGGGUGUUUUGCAUUCUAGUUGGAGCUGGACGUUCUAUCAUGGCGGCGCAAUCUAAAGGAACACUUUUGAUAGUAACAUUCGUGGUAAUAGGAUUUCUACGUGGCGCCACUUUGGUCAAUCUGAAUCUUACCGUUUCUGAAUAUUGCCCCUUGAACAAGCUGCCCAGUGCCUUUGGAAUGUUUAUGGUAUUUAAAGGUCUAUUCGUUGUAAUCUUGAGUCCUGCAAUUGGAUACAUCAGAGACGUCAGCAACAGUUAUGCACUUUGUAUACACGUCAUGACACUAAUGAUAAGCGUCACUUUCAUUACAUGGAGUAUCGAGUCUAUAUACGAAAAAUUGAAAAACAGAAGAUCUGUUUUAGCUAAACAAGCGCGAAACGCAUUGGCGAUACUUCCGAUACAACAAAGCUUCGGUCUAAUCUUUAGGGAACGUUUCUUUUCGCUCGAUAUCACUGCCACGCAGACAUCGCUAAUUGUUCAUUUAAAUGGCACGAUCACGAGCAGCCUCGGUCUGAUAAGCGGCCCAAUGAUGAAGAGAUUCACGUUCCGAAGGGUCGCUUUUCUUGGCGGUGUCAUCGUUGCCAUUGGGAUCAGUGCGGUUGCGUUCGCGGUUUCACUGCCCUCCAUCAUUAUCACUUAUUGCUUUAUCGUCGGUAUCGGUCAUGGGAUCAUGUUCCCAGCGACGAAUCUAGCAAUGAACACAUACUUUCGGAAAAAACGUAACGUGGCUAUGGGGUUGUCGGUAACUUUGACCGGCCUUGGACCUAUUUUGAUGCCUCUUUUAGUAGCGAAACUAUUGGAAAUUUACGCUACCACUGGUACUCUUUUGAUCAUCGCGGGCAUAGCAAUGCAUUCAUUGAUCGGCGCAGCGUUACUGAAACCAUUUCAGGAAAAAGAAAUUACAAGUAUAACAAAGGACAAUGACAUCACGGCAUCUUCCGCAGAGUGCAACGACAAAAUUAUAGCGAACGAAACCGGGAAUGUGACUGACGUUCGCCACGAUGGCGCCAAUUGUCGACUGUUGGAAGAAACAUUGGAGCGAAGGGCAAACAGUGCUGGGGAGCAUUUGUCGAAGAAUAUAAUCAACGAGAGUACGAAAGAAGAGAAGAAAUCGAUUUUGAGAAAAAUAACAGAGCACAUGGACCUUGCUCUUUUAAAGGACGGUCGUUACGUCGCUGUUAUCAUAGGUAUGGGAGUGUCUUUAGUCGCUGAAACAAACUUUAACAUGAUGAUCCCUUUCGUGCUAACCGAACUUUCCGGUCUUGAAAGGGAUUCGAUCGCAACCAUAAUGUCCAUCCAAGCUAUCUCAGACAUCACCGGACGUCUUUGCGUUCCUCUUCUUGCACACAAAGCUGGUUGGACAUCUAGGAAUCUUUACGUGCUGUCCUUGAUAGGAUCCACCGUUGGAAGGACCAUAUUAUCAACGUGGGGCAGUACCUACAUGGUGGUAAUCGGCGUUGCGUUAAUUAUCGGAAUAGCUAAAGGAACAAAAGCUGUCUUUCAGACGUUAAUAAUUCCCGACUACGUACCUCUCGACAGAUUACCAGCUGCAUAUGGAAUGCAAAUGGUGAUCACAUAUCAGCUUGCAAGAUGUCAAGGAGGUGGACCAAGCACCUUUGGAUACGACGCGUCCUCCGCUUGCAGUAAACCAUACUCUCGUGCUGGCCGUGCACGGUUUGCAAAUCUACCUUGUGAUUUUCGACAGCAGAACUGGUGCACAGUAGCCGGUAGCUCUUAUCCUUGGCACGCGGUUCGUCGUUUCGUGCAAGAGAACCAAGGAUUAAUGAGGCGCAUGUACGGUGACGAAAGGCACAUCAAUGUAUUAAGAGCCGAAUUCGAGAGAAACGAUAUAGAACUAAAGUACGACGACUAUUACCAUGACUAUAGAAAAUAUCAGUACACGCACGACUACGAGUACUUCGAGCCAGAGGACAGCCUAAAAUUAAACAACAACGAGUACGAGGGACGAAGCUUCACCAGCAGAUCCUUCAACGACAACGCCGCGAAACGGCUGAACAAAUUCCCGAAAUUGAGCGAGUACACGAGGCCUCAUUUCCGGCCGACCGAGAAGACCACCGUCUCGACUUCCACCACCACCACCAUGAGGACAUCGUCCACGACUACCACCUCGUCCGCCAAGGAAACGUCGUCGUCGAGCACGUCGUCAACGAUAGACUUCACGACCAGCCGUGAACCAACCACGCGAUCCACGCCCGCGACAACGAGUAGUCCACUGAUAAAUAGUACGAACGAAGAAAAAGGAAACCCGCCGGACGGGGUGACAGUAUCGCCCGUGGCAACGAGCUCUUACGCAGUGAAAGAGCAGAAUUUCAGUAUCAACGAGAUCUCCGAGCAGAUAGACAAAGCUGACGAGACGGAGGCGGAGAAAUCCGGCGAGGUCGCCGACGUAUCCGAAUCGAGCCUCGAGGAAACAUCGACGAUCAAUUUGCCGAAUGUCACUGAAUUACCGGACGAAGGGGAUAACGUCGAGGAUUUGUUCGCCACGCCGAAAGAGACGACUGUUCAUCAGGCGGAGACGUCGAGUUCGAGCGAGGAGCAGGAUUUCAGGCCACGACCGGAAUAUCGACCCGUCGGUAAGCCGGAAGCUUCGACUAUGGAAGGUCAGCUGUAUCAGGACGUCGUGGCGAAAGAUCAACAGGAACAACCGGUUCUGAAGCUUCGAGGA